CAUUUCCAGAUGAAAACUACUCUUCCAAGCUUUUUUUUUUUUUUUCCCUUGGAUAUUUAGGCAGAAUUGCUGUUCUGCUUGGAUUGCUCUACAGCACUCUGUAAAAAAAGAAAAAGUAAUCUGUGACUUAUCUCUGUGUUUGAAAAUCUAGUUUGUCUGUAGUAACUUGCUAUUACUUGAUUUUUAAAGUGUUUAUUAGCAUCUUGCUCAACUUGUGAUUUCGGUAGUGUUAGUCAUCGGUUUGAAUUCUCAGGACAGGCAAACAGGUGUAUCUGGUAGGAUGAGCAGGAGUGGAAAAGCUUGCUCCUAAAUAUAGCAGGGAAAACUUUUUGGUAAUAUCUGUGUGAUGAUCCAUGGAGCAGUUGACAAACAUCUUCAGGCUCUUUCUCCUGAGAUAAAAACCAACAAAACUCCCAAGUCAAACAAUGUCUCCAAAGCCUAAUGAGGCUGGUGUUAUGGUAGUCUUUGUAGUUACUGGUCACAUUAACUAUAUCAGCUUGUAGACACUGUUUUGGCCAGCUCAGCAAGUCUCUGGCCCCAGCAAAAUUACAUAGUGUAUGUUCUUUAUGAUAGCAGGUUUCCAGACUCAACCCCACAGGCUGCUUCUGCAUGCAUAGGUGUGGGCUGUCACAGGUCUGUUGCAGUUGGGCUGCAACUUUUCACAGCAGCUACCUGCUUUAAGGGGAGCUAGGGAAGGAAGAGCAAGGAAGGAAAAAGAUGUUGGCUCAGAAAUAGAUCAGCUUUGUGUCUGUGCAUAAAGCUGCUUGGGAAGGAGACAGAAAAAGGACUGGGAGUCUUAAAAUGUAUUAUUUGUGCUUAGCCAGCCCCUCUUUACAAUGGGGAGACAAUAUUUGAGCAAUAGAUUGUCUGGUGUGCGCAAAGCUUCUGAAACCUAUGGCAGUGCAUCCGAGCUUUACCAUGACCCGGUCUUGAAAUGUGUUCGGUCUUAAGCCUGUUUAUUGCGCAUGUGAGUUUAGUACUUCUCACAUUCUUUAAAUAGUUGAUCUGUAUCAAGUGUGCUUCAUCCCAGGGCUUAGCUGUAAUUGCUUGUCUGCAAUUGCCUCUUACUGGUACUGGGUGCAGGCACUGAAAUGAGAGCAAGACGACUCUGCAGGCAUGUUUGUUUGCUUAUUUUUAUGUUUUCUGUGCUUGGUUCUAGGAAACUAGGAGGAGAGUGGGGCAGUUCUUGGUGUGCAAGAGACAGGAAAAGUGGACACAGUGCAGCUUCAUGUUGAACAUGAGCCUUGUUAUGAUCACUGAGAAUGUAAAGCUGGCUCGUGAAUAUGCUUUACUGGGAAAUUAUGACUCUGCAAUGGUCUACUACCAGGGAGUUCUUGAUCAAAUUAAUAAGUACCUCUACUCAGUCAGAGAUACGAAUCUGCAACAGAAAUGGCAACAGGUUUGGCAGGAGAUAAGUGUGGAAGCUAAGCAUGUGAAAGAUAUAAUGAAAACACUAGAGAGUUUUAAACUAGACAAUACUCCAUUGAAAGCUUCACAAGAAUUACCAGCUCAUGAUGCAGAAGUCUGGUCUUUGCCAGUACCUGCUGAACGUAGACCUUCGCCAGGAGCCAGAAAACGUCAGUCUGCUCAGUGCAGUGAUUGCAGAGCUCACAACAAUCGUUUAAGUGCAGCUGUCAGAGGAUCUCACCGUCCAUCCUCUCGAAAUCCCAAUGAUAAAGGGAAGGCAGUCCGCAGCCGGGAAAAAAAGGAUCAGCAAAAUAAAGGAAAAGAGGAGAAGAACAAAUCCACAUCUGAGAUUUCAGAGUCUGAACCAAAGAAAUUUGACAGUACUGGAUAUGAUAAAGAUUUAGUAGAAGCUUUGGAAAGAGAUAUAAUUUCUCAGAAUCCCAACAUUAGAUGGGAUGACAUUGCUGAUUUAGUAGAAGCCAAAAAGCUGCUUAAGGAAGCUGUAGUUUUACCAAUGUGGAUGCCAGAGUUUUUUAAGGGAAUUAGAAGACCAUGGAAGGGUGUGCUGAUGGUUGGUCCUCCUGGUACUGGAAAGACCCUCCUGGCAAAGGCUGUAGCCACUGAAUGCAAGACUACUUUUUUCAAUGUUUCUUCUUCAACACUUACCUCAAAAUACAGAGGAGAAUCUGAGAAACUUGUUCGUCUGCUGUUUGAAAUGGCUCGAUUUUAUGCCCCUACAACUAUUUUUAUUGAUGAGAUAGACUCGAUCUGUAGUCGCAGGGGAACCUCAGAGGAGCAUGAAGCUAGCCGACGUGUGAAAGCAGAACUGCUAGUUCAAAUGGAUGGUGUUGGAGGGGCUACGGAAAAUGAUGAUCCUUCUAAAAUGGUUAUGGUACUUGCUGCUACUAAUUUUCCUUGGGAUAUUGAUGAAGCCCUAAGGCGGAGACUAGAAAAGAGAAUUUACAUUCCUUUACCAUCAGCAAAAGGUAGAGAAGAACUCCUAAGAAUAAAUCUACGAGAGCUGGAACUGGCUGAUGACGUUGACCUUGCAAAUAUAGCUGAGAAAAUGGAGGGUUAUUCAGGUGCAGACAUUACCAAUGUAUGCAGAGACGCAUCAUUGAUGGCAAUGAGGAGACGCAUUGAAGGCUUGACACCAGAAGAAAUAAGAAAUCUUUCCCGAGAUGACAUGCACAUGCCAACAACUAUGGAAGACUUUGAAAUAGCUUUGAAGAAGGUUUCUAAAUCUGUAUCUGCUGCGGACAUUGAGAAAUAUGAGAAAUGGAUAGCUGAAUUUGGAUCAUGCUGAGUUGUCUUAUCUUGAAGAAGCCACCUUACGUCUUAAAAGAGCUCUAGAAGUAAUGAGUAGUGUGUCAGUGCACUGCGUGCUCUUUUUAACUUGUAAUUUAAGAGCAACAGAUGUCUAAAUAAAUUUUUUUGAAAUUCAAA